GUGAAUAAAUAUUAAAUAUAGUGUGGUAAUACGAAUUAAAUAUAUUUUUUAGUAAGAUUAGGAACAAGACGUGUUAAGUGCUUUCUGAUUAUUAUUUAUUUCAUAGUUUUUAUUUUGGUAAAUUGUGAUUUGUGAUCGUAAAUUGUAACUUAAAAGUUGAUUGUUUUAUAAAUACUUUUGGAUCGAGUGAAACCCUUAGUAAAAAUGGAUAAUAUGAAGAUUGAGAAAUUGACGUUUAAUGUUACAUCCGAAAUGUUUUUGUCUAGUAUAAAACAAUUUGCUAGCAUUAGAACGGGUAUGUUACAGAAGGACUUUUACUUGUUGUCUAAUGGAAAAAUUUUAAAUGAAAAUACUGUUCAAAAUGGUAUUGUACACAUUGUCCCUCGGAUAAUUGGAGGCAAGGGAGGAUUUGGUUCAAUGCUACGGGCAAUUGGUGCACAAAUUGAAAAAACAACAAAUCGUGAAGCUUGUCGUGAUUUAAGCGGUCGUCGAUUACGUGAUAUCAAUGAAGAAAAGCGAGUGAAAGAUUUUUUAGCUAAAGGAGGCCCUAGCACAGAAGAUCCCGAAGAGCGCAAAAAACGCAAAUUACAACGUCUAUGUCAAGCACCCAAAACAGAAUUCAAAGAUGAACACUAUGAAAAACAUAUGUCCGAAAUGACAGAAUCCGUUUCGGAUGCAAUAGAGUGCGGUUUCAAAGCAGGUACAUCAGAAAUUCCAAUUAAAAAAAAAGUUAAGUCCAAGGGAUAUUAUGAUUCUGAUUUGGAUACAGAUAGUAGCAAUGAUGAAUUAGAUGAUGAAAAGGUACCUACUGAGUUAAUCAAAAAGGAGCAAUCAGAUGAAGAACUAAAAGAAACAGAAAUUGUUAAUAAACGUAAAUGUUUAGAUUUAGAAGAUACUGAUACUAUUACAAACAAAAAAAUGAAAGUUUAACAAUUUUUAAAUAAAACUAUUAUUAAAUUAAUUUAAA